AGGUGCUCAUGCUUCGCAUCAAAAUAAGAUCUACACCCAUACCCACACCCACACCCACACCCACACCCACACACCCACCCACACCCAUACCCACACCCACACCCACACUCACACCCACACCCGCCCACACCCAGAUGUGGAUCAACCUCGACCGAAAUUAAACUUCGUCUGAUGUCGAACAAUUAUAUUUCUUCACCAUGACAGAUAUUGCUUUGACAUAAGAAAAAAAAUAUUGAUAUUACGUAUAUUUGAUUCAAAAUGACAUACUUAGAUUACCAAGUCGAAGUACGGAGUAUUGUGUUCACUGGUGUCAAAAAUAAAACAAACUCCGAAAAAAAGAUAUGCCAACUACAUAGUUAUCACUGAAAAUUUUCUCGAGUAUGUGACAAUUCUAUCAUGUUCGACUUUGAUUUCGCAGAUACAUUAUUUUGAAUAGGAUUAUUUUAUUUUCGACAUGAAAAGACACAUAGUUAAGAGAAGCUUCUAUUUAUUCGCGAGAAAAAGUAAAGCGAAACAUUUACACUGCUUUUAUUAUAUUAUCAGUUAGCGCAUUCUCUUUAUAUAAUUUCCUCUUGGAAAUAAAAAAAAAGAGAAAAAUGAUGGUGUAGCAACUGUUGUAUAUGCAUGCAAGUAAGUCAUUUCUUUAAAAGAGCAUGCAAGACUGAGCUUCUCGUCUAAUAAACUAAAAGUAAUUUUUUUAAACUUUUCUCAAAGUUAGAAAUGCAAUGCGCACGUUACGCCGGAGCGGUUAGAUGAAGACGAAAAACAAGAAACUCAAGAAAAAAGAAUCGGACAAGUAUACAAGAACACAAGAAUCUGGCAAGAACAAUGUUAAGAUUGUCGACUAAUGAUUACUUAAUCUAAUAAAUCAGACGCAGAAGCCAUUGAUGAAUAUUCCAAAGACGAUCAAUAUGGAAAGUUUCAAGAUAUUAAAAAUCGAUUAAAUUAAAUUCAGUCUGUGAAGUAAAAAGAAAUAAUCUUGAGAAGUUAACAUUCUAAAAUAAUUAAGAUGAAUGAAAUACUUGGAUUGAAAUGAAUCCAUUAAUAAGAGAAGUUGGCAUCUCAAAUUAUAUUUCAAUUGAUUAUAAAUACUUACGCCAUGUACAAUCAACUUCAGAUGCAAUAAAUAUAUUUUCAAGAAAGAGAAUUAUAGAAGAUAAUUAUACGAAAGAAAAACUGUAAACAUAUCAGUCAAGAUAUCUUUCAGAAAGUUCUUUCUAAAAACUAUUACAAUUGCCUAUUUGAUUAGUUUAUUUAUUAAACUACUUAAAAGAAAAAAUCCUCUGAACUAUGUAGUUUUAUCGCGUUCUGUUUGUGAUUAUUCAUUAAGUCAUCAGUACUUUCAAACUUGAAACUUGAAUUCAAUUGAAAUUUUAAGAUCCUUCAUCUGCAGCCUCACCUGAUGCGCUUGUGCUUGUGUGUAAGAUUUUGUGAAUCAUGAUUCUCCAGAGUGAUUUCGGUUUGAAAGUAGAAAUUUGAGACUUAAAACUUGAGAUCUUAAUUGAAUUCAAGUUUUUGGUAUGACAUAUAUGAGAUGUUAAGUUUCUUCAUGUUCAUACUAAACAGGCAUGCCUUUUAUUUCAAGUUAGACCGAGUUCCUUGUUCUGUCUAGUUAUAUUUUAAAACAUUUCCGAUUAGUAUUGAAACUCAUGGAAAAUGCUCUACUACUAGUCUCAAACAAAUGCAAAAAUACAACGACGCACAGCAAUUAAAAGUCUGAAAUUUUGCACACAUGAUACCAAGUUCUAAGUAUGUUUACACAUUAAAGUAGAAUAGUUACGCUCAAAUAACAGCUUUUAGAAGAACCGGUCGAAAAAACGUUUGGACGUUCACCAUACAAAUAACACAUCGUGACUAAUUUCUUGACGCUUUGAUAUAUCCUUGUCUAGACUGCUAUAAAAACAGUUUUCUUUUGUAUUAUUUACUUUUGCAAUUAAUAAGUGUCGGUGUGGGUGUGGGUGUGAGUGCAGAUGUGGGCAUGUGGAUGCGUUUAUUCCAUCUGAUACUCGCAGCCACACUGACACCCCACACCCACAUCUACACCCGUCAAACAAGCAUAAAAUUUCUGAAAAUUUCGUAAGUUCGACAUGAAAAAACCUUCAUAACCUUUACUAUUUAAUACCAAUAAGUCCAGUUUUUGACGCGCUUUAAUUUGGUAUAGAGUACAUUUUUGAUAUCAUUGGGAUGCUUUAUGUUAUAGAGGGGGCGCAAAGGUUAUUUCACACCCUGUACAAACUGCAAUAAAAGGGAAAAGGAAAAAAUAUUGAUUGGUUAAAAUUUACACCUAGUAUGUGCUUCAGAACGACAAAAAAGGCAGAUGCAAUACAGUAGAAGUCGGCAAUGAUCUGUAGUUAUUUAUACCCACUUUUUUACUGUAAAUUCUAGCUGUAUUAGUAUUCAUAGGCUGUUGGAAAAUGUAGUGGCGCAGCUACCAUGGGUGCAUGAGAUGUGAUGUUCCCUCUGAAAACGGUUCCGCAUCUGCUAUUAAAGUCUCUCAUCUAGCCAAAACCGAGAUUUGAGCUCCCUCAUCCCUAAAAAGUUUUUCUUUCACCCACUUGUCCCUCUGUAAAACUUUCCUGUCUACGCCACUAAUAUUUUUUUAAAGAGAUUUAAACAAGAUAUAUUUUUUCAAGGGUAAAAAGGAAAUACUUCUUGUAUGCUUUGCUUUAUAUUUAUCUUAUUUUCUUGUUAUCCUCUUAUAUAUUGUUGGUGUCAUUUUAACCACAUUUCUAUAUUUUAGAUUUUUUAAUUUCAUCACAAUAUCACGUGAAAUCAAACAAAGAAUUAUUUCUAUUAUACCGUUAUAUUUAUCAAAAGAAUAUCCAGCUUAUAGUGAACUUAUUAAAGCAAUUGAAUAUAUACCAGAUGAUAAAUUUGAUCAAGUAAUAAAUGAACCAUUAUUAUCUAUUAAUCAAUGUAUUGAUUAUCUACUUGAUGAAAUUUUGUUUUCUAUCAAUCAACAUUAUCCAAUUAGUCAUGAACAAGGUGUACAAUUAGAUCGUUUCAUUAAUGAAAUUAAAACUAUUUUUAUUGAUUUGAUAAAAAAUAGUGAAAAAUUGAAAAAUGAUAUUGAACGUUUAGAAAGUCGUAUUGAAUGUCUAGAAAAUGAUAGAACUGAAACAAAGGAAAGUAUUAAAUGCCCGGAAAAUAAUAUAGUUGAAGCAAAAAGACGUCGUACAAUAGCAGAAUUAUUAACACCAUUUAUCAAAGAAAUUAGAACUGUCAUGAUUAAUCAACAUGUACCUGCUUAUUAUUAUUCAAAAUCAAUAAUUAAUGCAUGUUUAUUACGUUCACAAGGUCAAAUUAUAUCAUGGGAAGUAGCUGAUUUUAACAGAGAUAAUCGGCAAACCAAUUUUGAUAUAAAUAUAUUUAAUGAUUUUGAAUUAAUUAUCAAAAAUCAAACUGAUUCAUUACGAAUUGAUUAUGAUACUUUACUUGAAUUUUUAUUAGAUAAAAUGGAUCGUAAUGAAGCUGAACAUGAUACUGUAAAAACAUUUUUACGUUAUGAUGCACAUGGUAAUAAAUCAUUCAAUGAAUAUCUAUCGUCCAUUGGUAUACCUCAUGUAUUUGAUAUGAAUCAAAAGUUAUGCUUGGAAAGUUUAUAUCGUAAUCAUUUUGUUGCUCAUUAUCAUACUAUAUGA